GAUUGGAUGACACGGCCGUCGCUCACCUCGGAUGAGAGCUUCCGAACACUGACUGCCAAGAUGAAGCACUACGAGGUGGAGAUUCUGGAUGCCAAGACCAAGGACAAACUCUGCUUCCUGGACAAGGUUGAGCCAAAUGCCACUAUCGGAGAGAUCAAGUCCAUGUUCCACAAAAGCCAUCCUCAGUGGUACCCAGCCCGGCAGUCCAUCCGCCUCGACCCAAAGGGCAAGUCUCUGAAGGAUGAGGAUGUUCUGCAGCAUCUUCCGGUGGGAACCACGGCAACCUUCUACUUCAGGGACCUGGGAGCACAGAUUAGCUGGGUGACCGUGUUUUUGACGGAGUACGCCGGUCCCCUCCUCCUCUACCUGAUGUUCUACUUCCGUGUUCCAUUUAUCUACGCCCCCAAAUAUGACUUCACCACCAGCAAGCACUGGGUCGUACAUCUAGCCUGUAUGUGUCACUCGUUCCACUACCUGAAGAGACUCCUGGAGACCCUGUUUGUCCAUCGCUUCUCCCAUGGAACCAUGCCACUGCGCAACAUCUUCAAGAACUGUACGUACUACUGGGGUUUUGCUGCCUGGAUGGCAUAUUACAUCAACCACCCACUGUAUACACCGCCCACUAUAUACGGUGAGCAGCAGGUGAGAAUGGCGCUGGUCCUCUUUCUGUUCUGUCAGAUUGGGAACUUCUCCAUCCACAUCGCCUUGCGGAACCUCCGCCCACCAGGAUCAAAGACCAGGAAGAUCCCGUAUCCCACUAAGAAUCCCUUCACCUGGAUCUUCCUACUGGUGUCCUGUCCCAACUACACCUACGAGCUGGGCUCCUGGCUGGGCUUCACCCUGAUGACCCAGUGUCUGCCGGUGGCGUUCUUCACGGCCGUGGGCUUCAUCCAGAUGACCGUUUGGGCCAAGGGGAAACACCGCAGCUACCUGAAGGAGUUCCGGGAUUACCCCCCGCUCCGCUCCCCCAUCCUCCCCUUCAUUCUCUAGAGGGGGGAGGGGGUGAAGACGCGGGGCCUCACACGGCCCAAAACCCUACGCUACACUGUAUUGGACCGACCUGGGAUGAGAGCCACCGUCCAUAACCGUUCCCUCUGGCUAGGCCAUCUCCCCCCCCGACAACCCCCGUCUCGCCCAAACAUUUUCAGACAGGCUGUCUUGUGCUAUGACUUACCAACCAGAAGUAUGUGACUAACAACAGUUCUCAACCUACUUUUAUGAAUGGCUGGGGUUUUUUUUGAGCUUCUCGGCUGCUUGACGAAUGACCCGAUUUGAUUGGUGGUUUUGUCCCAAAUGGCACUCUAUUCUCCAGGAAGGACCGUGACGUUACACUGUGGGCCUUGUCGGAGGUGGUGCCCUGCAUCCAGAGAAUGUGGUGUCAUUUUGGAUGCACUUUGUGUAACAAGGCGUAUCUCUGCUCCGGGCUCGUUUGGUGAUCGAACUUACAACGUAAAAAAAACAUCUUCGAUUAGAAAUUGGAAAGAAACAAUACCAUGGCAAACUUUUGGUGGUUCUCUAGGGGAACUCAGAAGUAAUUUAUAAUAAAACUGUUUACGAAAACCAA